GAAACUAAACAAACGUAUAAUUACGUUUGUCUUCGUGUUUUGAUGGAUAUUCGCUCUCUGGCUACAUGUUAUUUUCUUCUCAGUAAACGCUUUGUCUAAUUCCAGCUGCCAACGCUCUGGAGCCGCGUCCGCGUCCGCGUCCGUGACCGCGCGGCAGCGCACGCGGCGCCUGUUGCUCAUUUCUGGACACUUCCUGUUUCGGACGCGUCUUGCGGGCUGGACCGGUUGUUCACGCGCGAGAGGACGGGGCGACAUGGUGCCGCUGGCCGAGCCGUCCUCACCCAGGCAGGAAGUGAUGCGCUGCGCUGAACCGGACUGCAACAGGUGUCCGCUCGUCUCCCAUCAGCAGGAAAACAUGAGGAAGUGGCUCUUUGAAUGACGAGUCCGCUGAAGGACACGCGACAGACAAACCGUUAACGUAGCUCCAUCCCCUUUCUUUCUCCUCUCCCCAGAAGAGGAAGAGGAGGAGGAGAGGGGGCGGUGACAAACGUCCCCCACGGGACAGGCCGAGCGACCCACGCUGUUAACAGGUGUGUCUGAGGAGCGAGCCCGGCCGUUGCCUGCGCUCCGGCCCGCUGUCUGUGCCAUUGUUCCUGCCGAGACGUCCGAACGCCGGUUCGGAGUUCACGUGCUCGUGUGUUCGGGGCUGCGCAGCGACCCGGUGGUGCGUAACAGCCAAGAGGACGAAGGCGGAGGAGGUGGAAGCGAGCGGCUCGCGCUGAGGUGUGAGCGGAAGAACCGGGCCGCCUCUGGUGCCACAGACGUCUGGAUGUAGAUUCCCUUCACCACAUUCGUAGGGUCGGACUCAUUUCGCCCACUGGCGAAAAGGCUGGAAGCCGCUGUUCGGUGUGUUCCCUUGUUUGGGCCACGUUCGGUAACCCAGCCGAACCGAAUUCUGUUGAAUGAGUGUGACCACAGAGUGGGUUUUAACGAUGACAACGAGAAAGGCCAGCCACGUAGCGGACGUGGUGACUGCCUCCACGACCAACUGCCACCAGAACCAACAGCGGAGCCGGCGUUCCGCCGGUGGGGUUCCAGGUUCGGAGGCGGCGGGUGGCGCGGGAGCGGAGAUGUUCGGCGAAUUUCAGAACUGGUGCCUGCGCACGUACGGGGAUUCUGGCAAAACCAAGACUGUGACCCGGCGCAAAUACAACAAGAUCCUCCAGACGCUGGUUCAGGGCGACGAGGAGAGCAGCCACGGCGUGCUCGUGCACGAGAAAGGCAGCAGCCACAUCAAUGCCAAAUUCAAAUUCUGGGUCAAGUCCAAGGGCUUCCAGGUCGGAACCCUGCAGGACGGGAAGAACGGUUCCUCGGACAGGGCGGUGUUGUUCGUCCCUAUCAAGGCUACGAGUGUGGAGAGCGAGUCCGGGGGCGACUCCUCCCUGAAGCGCGUCGCCGUAGUGGAAGAUUUCUUUGACAUCAUCUACGCUAUGCAUGUGGAGAUCAGCGCCGACCCCAGCAAGGCUCCCAAACACGCGGGCCAGAAGAAGACCUACAAAGCUAUAGCAGAGACCUAUGCCUUCCUGCCCAGAGAGGCAGUGACCCGUUUUCUGAUGAGCUGUGGAGAGUGUCAGAAGAGGAUGCACAUCAGCAGCUGUGGACAGGACUACAAAGAGAAUGACCGGCCAAGCUCUCUGGUGUCGGAGGUGAUAGACUAUAAUAUGCCUCUGACCACAACCUACAUGAAGCACAUGAAGCUGCGGUGCAUGAACAACAACAAGGAUGACAGUUCACUGAGCAGCGGGGAGGAGGCAGACAUGAGCGAGCCCACAUGGCUAGCAGCUGAUCUGGGAGCAGCGUCUGACCUGAGCCCGUCCAGGAUGCGCCACAGUCCCCAGCACACACACAGCAAAGAAGAGGACGAUGACUCCAUGUCAGAGUGUGGCAGCGGCAGCGGCCUGCCGGCGCUGACCCCUCCCUCCUCGGCUUUGACAGACGGCGCCAUGGUGAGGGAGUUGGAGGUCGUCAAUGGUAACGGUGGCCCAGCCCCGCUGGACUUCAGCACUCCUACCUCCUCCUCCUCCUCAUCGGAGGACCAGCAGCCCAUCAAUCUGAGCGACCCGCCUCCUCAGCGCCUCCCUCUGCCCAGCUCCCACCUGCCCGUCACCGUGUCGGCAGCGGCUGCAGCGCUACUCGGGGCGCUGCACCCCAGUGCACCCGAGGAGCUCCGCAGGAAGUACCCACUGGCGACUAAGCCUCCCCUGGCUCCACAUCUGGCACUGCCUCUGUCCAACACUCCUAACACACACCAUGCUGAACUACGUCUGGAUAGAGACAGCCGAGACUGUGGAGGCAAGUCCCCCCAGUACAGUUCAGGUGGCAGCUAUGACAGCGUGAAGAUGGACGUGAGCGCCGAGGACCUGACCACAGGACGCCAGGUCGGCCCCGACGACGACGAUGACGACCACGACGACCACGAUGACAACGACAAGAUGAACGACGCAGAGGGAGUGGACCCUGAGAGACUAAAGGCCUUCAAUAUGUUUGUGCGUCUGUUUGUGGAUGAAAACUUGGAUCGAAUGGUGCCCAUCUCCAAGCAGCCCAAGGAGAAGAUCCAGGCCAUCAUCGAGUCCUGCAGCAGACAGUUCCCGGAGUUCCAGGAGCGCGCUCGCAAGCGCAUUCGCACCUACCUCAAAUCCUGCCGCCGGAUGAAGAAGAAUGGCAUGGAGACUCGUCCGACUCCACCUCACCUCACGUCCGCGAUGGCGGAGAACAUCCUGGCCGCCGCCUGCGAGAGUGAAUCACGCAAUGCAGCAAAGAGGAUGCGGCUUGAAACCUAUCAUGACGAGCACAUCUCUCUGGACAAAGCGUCGGGUGGAGGCCUGAGGGAGCCGGCGUCCCUUGCUCACUCUGCCUACACCCUGGCCGCCUCAGCCUUCUCCUCCCAGGACCCCCAGCUCUACAUCAACGGAGCCGGCCUCAGUUAUGGUUACCGUGGAUACCCGGGCCUAGGUGCUGCCAUGCAACACCCUGUUUCCUUGACGACUGGUGUUGCUGCUCAGACAAACGGGCCCACAGACCUCAGCAUGAAGUCUCUGUCCUCCGUCACCAUCAGCAACUCGUCCUCCAGCAGCCUGUGUGGGCGGGGCAGCGGCGGUGGGGGGGGCAGCGUGUCCGCUCAGCUCAGCCAGCCCGAGGUCACGGCCGUGCGUCAGCUCAUCGCUGGGUACCGGGAGUCGGCCGCCUUCUUGCUGCGCUCAGCAGACGAGCUGGAGAACCUGAUUCUGCAGCAGAAUUAGAGCGGAGGGGAGCGUGUCACAUUUAGCAUCAUGUUUUGUGUCCGUCUGCAUCGUCCGUCUCACAGACCUUCACCCCUGGCUUUGUUGCUUUCUUCAAAGGGAACUUGUUCUGCAAACUGUGGCCCUUUUGGAGUAAAACGGAUUCCGGCUCCGAAAGCGGCUGAAAAAAGCAGCAGAACAAAGUCUUUUCCUCGUCUCUCAACACUCUGAUGAAGCAGGCGUGAGCUGGACCAACAUGACGUCAACACAGGGAGCGUUGAUCAACUGAUGACUGGCCAGUGGUGUCUUACGAACAGAAUCACUAGUGACUCCCAUACUGAAGAAACAGUGCUUUUAUUUGAUUGAAGAUUUCAUUUUGUUUGUUUCUCUUCCCCAGUGACUAAAAGAAUGAGUUUAUUAUCUGAGCUCAAAUGAUAGAAACUGAAAGUUUGUUUGGGGAGAAGAAGCUUUCUGCCAUAGCUUGUACAUUCGCUCUGUGUCCUACAGCACUUUUCCCUGUCGCCACCUGUUGCCCAGCAGGACAGACCUGGGAUCAGCCCAGUUCCAUUCCCACCACAGGCCAGUUCACUUCAACGUCCUCAGGCUUUAGAAUCUGUUUUAGGGGGAGAAUAGUCCAUUACUGUGCAACUGUGGAAGCGUUUCCAGACUUGACGUGGUAACUUUGGUUUCGUCUGCAUGGGUCGGUUCAUGUGCUGCUCUGCAUAAUCACUUCAUCUUCAGCCUCUGAGGAACUGGAGCUGAUGCGGACAGUUCCCUUUGUGUGUGUGGUGGGGGAGGAAGGGGAAGUUCAUCGGUGGCCACUUGCGCUUGUAGUUGCUUCAUGUAAUGCCAAUGGAACCUCAGCCUCCCUGCAGCCUCCUCCACGUCUCCACCUUUGCUCCGCCUCCUUGUUGGACCUACUUAGCAGCUUUUCUUUGUGGACCUAAGCAUCCUCCUCUCAGUCCUCUCCAGGUCUCAUAGGAGGACAAUGUUUGUCUGUUUGACUCUAAGAUGGCCAUUAUUAAUAUUACUGUUUUUUUAUUACUAUGAUUAAUGUUACUUACAAUGUUGCUGCUGCUAUAGAAAACCGGACCUUCUGCCAUAGACCUGAAACCUCAACGAAGCCGGGCAGUGCCCCGUAGAAACCCGAUCGACCAAACAACCUCCACUGCUUCUGCCUUUAUCCAGUCACCAACCGCCUCCGUCCCUGGGGUUGAUCGGUUUCUUUGUUUUUGAUUCAUAGGGCUUGAUUGAUAUCGUGUUUAGUGACUUUCUAACUGUGAAUCUUCGUUUUCCUUUUCCUCUGGAAGAAGAGGUCCCACUCUCCCUCCUUGUUAGUGUUGCUUCAUGUAAUCUUGAAGUGAAGCCAUUUUGACGUAACAUCUGAAGGUAGUGUUACACUGGAAUGUAAAGUCACUGGACUCAUGGCUGCUCAUUGUCCUGUCCACAGCCAGACAUCUUUAGUUAGAGGCUCUUAAAGAGGCUGAUGCUGCUCACUCUAGUGCCAUAAACAGCAGAGGGUGACACUAGAUUUAGCUACUGGCUCCAUCUCACCUCCUCCAACGCUCAUUUAGAAUCAGCAACUGUGUUCGACAGGUGCUACUAACUAGGCUUAGACAAAUGUAGCUGUUCAACGCUUUAUGCUGAGUGAUGCUGAUCAGCCUCAGGCGAUCGGCUCAGCAAGAAAGCGAAUCGGCGCGUCUCACAAUAGAGAUUAUUCUCUUUGCCACCGCUUAGUUUUGUCACUUGUUACUUUUCUCAUCACGAUCAAAAUCACUUUUGAUAUUUGUUUGAUUGGUUUGUUUUGAAAGCUGAUAAUGAACGACCUGUAGCUCUGGUUCCUGCUCAGUUCCACUGUCGUGUCACUGUACUUUGCUAUUUUUUGCACACUGAGCGGAGCAACAGUCGCCUGUGAUCUGAAUCUCUUUUACUUUACACUGACGUGUGGUGUUUUUGCAAUGCACUUGAUAAUCAGAGAACUGACUCAUUGGAUGGGCUGCGUUGGUGUCAGGCUGCAGGACAGUGGACAUGUUCAUACACAUAUCUGGAUUAGUGGUAAUGUCAUGACCACAUUAGGUUUGAAAAAGCGACGAUAGUUAUGGUCAUUCAUUUUGAAAUGUACCGAUGACGACAAAGUCGAGAGGAAUAUGCAAAAUGAUCCAACUGGAGAAGCAGAAGUGGCCGUUGACAUCACAGAUGGAGGUGUUUGGGGUUUGUGACAUGCUCUGAUGUGCAUGUACCUGUGAAGCAUUUCUCUCUCUCCGUCAUUGUAGUUUAAAGUUGAGACAUGUUAGACCCACUGUGCAACAGAAACAUGAGAAGAAAGUGCAGUUGUCGGCUAAUGAAGCAGAGCUGUCAGUAACCACUGCUAGCAACUGGUGUGGGUGCUUCAGUUUAAAUAAGAGGGUCAUUUAAUCGGGGGGUGGCUGCUGUGGUGGAGUCUCCCCUUCACAUUUAGCUUCAUCUGAGCUACAGAACUGUAUAAAAUAGGCAAAUGACAAUCUGUAGGAAGGAUUGAUGAGCUCACACAGACUGGGACCGUGAUCCCAGUAUCUUAGCCAUGAUCAGCCUCCAGAACCCUGACCUGCCGGUAACGUCUCCUCAUUCCAAGCAACAGCAUGAACAUUGCUGAUUCUUACUUUUGCUGGUGGUGUUUGGAGUCUUGUAGAUACGUUUUGUAGCAAGACUGAAGUGUCUUUUUCUUUGUACAGCUUCACUCUGUUUGCCUAUAUUAAACAUUCCACACAUGGAUGUCACAGCGGACCCGACCGGUGUCUCUCUCUGAGAGCCAUCAGUGCAGUAACGUCCUGUUCCUCCAGUUUGAUGGACGAGCCCGUUGACCUUUACUGUGUUUCCCAGCAGCAGCAGGCGAGAACCUAAAACAAACACUACCUGCUGCUCUGUGAUGCAGCAUGUACAGCUUCUGUGAUUCUGCAUCUUUAGUCUUCAAGUCCAAGUAGAAAUCCUCAUUGCAUCGAGUCUUGCAUCCUAACGUGUGUAGGUUAAAGCCGUUUCAGCCAACACACAUUCAGUCCCAGCCCCAUUCAUCAGAACUGAACCCGCCCUGUCCUCAGUGGUUCUCCAGUGCAGAAGGUUCUAAAGAAAUGUUUGAUGAGCUUCAGUUUUGUCUCCCAUCAUCCAGGAGAAGCUUCUUUUAUCAUGUUCUUCUCAUCAUGUGAUGUGGGAGCAUAAGUAUAUUUGGUGUGUAUUCGAAGGACUUGAUCAUUUAAAGGUUAUGGAAGAUGCUGCCAUGUACUUUAGUUGAACUGUCCAAAUGUGGACUAUUGCUUAGUUUGUCUUAGCAUAAAGACUGAAAACAGAUGCCCAAUUAGCUUAGCUUAGCGGCAGCACAUUGUGCUUUGCAGCGCAUCAACAGAUCACUAGUUAAAUUUGAAACCUGCUUUUCAUUGCAUAUGGAAACAUACCAUGUAUUAGUUUCACACGAGCCACAAAGAGCAAACUUAGCUUAAACUCAGAACUUUAACUAAUCAUAGUCGGUCAAUGCUCGCCUGGCUAUGAGCCAAGCCAAUGCUGCAGGUGUUUCUUGGUUCAGUGAAGACUCUAACAAACUGUCUGAGCUGUGAUGCCGGUUGGGUCCGUGCACAUGAUGCACGCUCUUAUUAAGGAAAGGCGUGAAUUAAACACUGGCCUCCUGAGCCACUAGUGAGUCUUUAGUUUUUCGUCACCUGACCUUUGACCUUGUGCCAGACUCUUGAUUGUCUCGGUUUCCUCUCUUGAUGCUUGGUUCCUACAGUAAUACCAAUGUGAAAACUCUUUUCCUCAUGAUUUCACUCAGUGGAAGUGUGAUGUUUACAUGUACAGAUUUUUGCAGUUCAUUCUGAUUGCUUUUGUGCCCCCUCAUCCCUGUUUGAGUUUAUCGGACUCUUUCCAUUGUACCCUAAAGGAAAAUGGGGCUGCGUCUAAACACGGUUAUAGUCACUUCAACAACUCUGCCAUACGAGGGUCUCGCUGAUGAUUUGAAUGUCACUUUGAGUCCUGGAUCUGUAGUUUAUAAUUCUACGUUUGUUCAGAAAGGCCUCGUUAUCACUGGGGUAUGCUAACGCUAGUCUGUGUGAUAUCAGCCUCACAGAGCUGACGUUGAAUCGACACUAUGAAACAGAUUUGCCUACAGGGGAGGGGGGGUGUCAAUCUGUGUGUUUGUUUGACUUGGGAAGGGCGGGGCUGACCUUUGACCUCUCAGCUACACAGCACACAAAAUCACAGUGGGGCCCAAUGACCCUCCACUGGUGUGACCACGGUCCAGUGGAACUGAUUCCUCAGUGGAUGAUAAGCCAUUACUGACCCUGUGUGUUGGGUCUUAGUCUAUUAGUAUAUUUAGCAAAAUGUUUAACUGCAGAUGACAAAAGUCAACCUCAGGAAAAAAAUGGACAAAACUUUUGUAAGAACAUAUGUAAUUGAAGGCCCAUUUCCCUCUGUGUGAUACCAUAUUGAUUAUAUUGAGACUUUCUUUUUAUAUUUAUUGUGUUUACUUAUAAUCGUGGAUACAUUUUUCCAGCUCCUGUGGCUACAUUCUUUGAUUCUUUAGAAAGUGAUGAUAAUAUAUGUGAAGUUAAAAAAGAAACCCAGGGUCUUUUUUUGUUUGCUGAAUAUGUUUGUUUAGCCUAAACCAACAAGAACAUAUCACUCUGGUCCAUUAGGAACAACCACUGAUCAAAAACCUAAGCUUUCGUUUGUGUGAUGUCACUGCUAAGGUUGAAAUGUUUCUGGGAAGUGUGACCAUUUAGUUAGUUUGUUUUUCCCGAGCUGUAUGUCUCAAAGCUAAAUAUACUAAUAAAACCGUGUGUUAUCUAUCAAA